AUGGUAUCAGAAACAAGUCAUGCAUCAUCAAUGGCACAAAAUGUAGGCAUUAAAAGAAAAAAAUUAUGGAUUAUUCUGGGUAUUAUUGUUGCUGUUGUAGUCAUUGCAGCAGUUGUUAUUCCGACUACUAUUGUUCUUACGAAAAGGACAAAAGCAACAACAACAAUAGCUAUAACAAAUCGAACUUCGUCAACUAAUGCAGAUAUCAAAACAACAACAACAACAACAACAUAUGUAUCAACAAUCGGUGAAGUUUCUUCAACAAAAGAAGAUAUGGCAAUAAUAACCACCACAACAACAACAGCAUAUGUAUCAACAACCGAUGGAAUUUCUUCAACAAAAGAAGAUAUGGCAAUAACAACCACAACGAUAAUGCAAACGAUACAUGAAUCAACAACAGAUAAAACUUUGACAAUAAAUGAAGAUAUUACAACAACAAUGGCUAUAUCAGUAGCGACAGCGGAAGAUACGUCGACAGAAAAUGGUUUGUAA